AUGUUUGACGGCAUCGCGGUUAGCGCCACGCUAAUCCGAACAGAUUGUGCUAGCAAGACUCGCAUGCUGCAGUUCGUGAAUUUCUCGAAUGACCGACGGCGCGAGGACAACGCGUUGUGCGCCGACCCUGUUCCUUCUGAGAUUCAGUCCCCUGCACAAAAAGAGCCUUGGUUGCUCAUCACACUGUUUGCAAAGGCCUCGGAGCCUAGUAAGUUUAGCACUCGGUUGCAGGAUUUCUUAAGGGCAGAGCAGAGAACUUUGGGUGACCUACAAGCUCUAAUGGGUCAUGCAGGGUCCUCACCCGAGUCCAUCAUUCGCGCUAUGGGGGAGAUAUUUGAAAAAACUGUAAAGUCCCCUGCGGAGAGCAGUGGGUACCGGCGCUUACGUGUGUUCUCUGGUGUUUCUCCCACACCGGCAGGAGAAGAACAGUUCGAGCAUUGGCUCGGGCAAGCUAGACUCAUGGUGGAAGAGAGUGACUCCUCUGCAAAGGAGAAGAGACGCAGAAUUAUGGAGAGUCUGAAGGGCCCUGCAUUGGAAAUUGUGCCAGCAGCACGCUUGGUCAAUGCCAAUAUUGGUCCAGACGAAUGUUUAAAAGCCCUGGAAAGUGCUUUCGGAAUGGUAGAAUCUGGCGAGGAUCUAUACUUUUCAUUCCGCCUCAUGCAACAGAGACAGAGAGGACCUCUGUCUGAUUUCUUACAAAGACUAGAGCAGACAUUGGCUAAGGUCAUUCGGAAAGGUGGCAUUUCAGCAGCUGAAGCCAAUCGAGUACGUUUAGAACAACUGAUUCGGGGUGCUGUGUCAUCAAACCUAAUGGUAAUUCAACUACGUUUGAGGGAGAGGAAGAAAAAUCCCCCUGAUUUCUUAGAAUUGCUGUCUGAGAUUCGUGAAGAAGAGGAGUAUGAGACCUCACGUUCUAGAUUAAAUACAUCGGUGCGAACUGUCAGUACUGAUCUAAGCAAUGAGGGUCAGAUGAAGGACAUUCAGGCACUAAAGAAAGAAAUAAAAUAA